AUGGCUGCAAAAAUCGUUUUUUUUUCAGUUGACGAGGCUGCCAUAGAAAAAAUUCGUUUGCGCGCGCGUCAAGCAACAUCAGACUUUCUGGACAGCUGUGACGCAAUGCGUCAAAAGGCCAAGAUCAGAGACGAGGAUGCCCUGCGUAAAUUUGAAGCGGCUAUAAACAAUGCUUCACCGGUUCGUCGGGCCUCCUUUGGAUCCACUUCCUUCACCAACAAAGCGAGCAGUAACGAUCCUGAUGGCGAUAAGGAUCCGAGUAGGGCGAUGCCUCCGAUGGUCCCUAGGCAGUCGAGUUUACGGGUUCGUCAUCGAUCCCCACACCUUCCGCCUCCACCUCCACCCCCGGGAACCUCAACAACAUCCUCUGUGAUGAAUGAAAUCAAUGCCUUGGAGGCAUUUGCCAGAGAUACUCGGGCUUCACCUGUGAGAGGUGCUUCUCUAGCUCCGAGAUCGUCAGCCGAACCGGUGAGUGACGCAUAA